AACAUGAUUUCGGAACUGUUUCAAACGAUGCACAAGGCCCGCUUCAGUGGCAUCCGGAUCGUGCCGGAAAACUCGCCCUCCCUACAGCAAUCCUGCGUACGGGCGUUGGUGGAGAGCGUGCGCAAUGCGAAGAAGGGCGAUAGCGAGGGAUGGUUGCGGCAGGUGCAAUUUUUACCCGCACCACUACUCACACCCAUCCUGGACCGCAUGUGCCGCUAUCCGGAGUUGCGCGACAUACUGCGCGAUGAGCUCACCGAUCCGGUACUGUUUAUGAAGCUGUUCAACGGGUACGCGCUGGACUAUGACACGCUGGAAAAGUGUUUACGGGAGGCGGCCCGUUCCAUUGGCCGGCCGGCAGUCCUGCGGGACCUGGCCAACAACUACUGUGAUAUGUUGCGCACCGAGCUACGCUUGCGCAAAGGCGAAACUCAGGAUCAGCCGAGGAUCAGGGCACGGGUGCUGGAAUCGCUUCGCUUCGGUGACUACCUGUACGAGGCGGGCUGGUGUCGAUGUGGUGCGGAGGUGCUCACACUGACGCAAGAACUGAUCGCUCUGCUACCCCAACCGGGGCGACCGCUGCAGAUGGAAAGUUUGGCGCGACUGUUGCGUGCCCAGAUCGGUUCCUGUCUGACCAUGCGGGCAGCUGUCACCGUGCAGCGGCUGCUUGCGCUCGUCGAGCUGCCUGUUGGUGAGUCGGGAGCGACCGUCCUCCCUCUAGUCAAGGCCUACCUGCAGCUCGGCAGCUACUAUUACCACGUGCAGGAUUACGAACGCUGCCAUCAGUGGGCGCUGCGUGCGCUCGCCUCCGCGGCGGACGGUGACGCCCCAGCCAAAGGCGACGUCAUCGACGUGCUGCAGCUGAUUGCGCUCUUCUGCAUUGCGAAGGAGCGCCACGACCUUGGCAACAUGCUGAUCAGCCAGGCGGUGCAACGGGCGCGCACCGUGUACGGAAGUCUCCAUCGCAAGUACGCGGACGUCCUUCAACAGUACGGGUUCGUGCUGCUGCGCAUGAAUGCCAUCCUGCCCGCCAUCACCGCGUUCACCGAGUGUCUCGACAUCACGGGGCGCGUGUACGGUCUGCUCAGCCCGCACGCCGUCGUCCUCGAGGGCUACCUGGCGCACUGUCUCUAUCUCCGGUCGCACACGACCGGCCGCUUCGAUAUGGCGCUCCGGCACGCCGAAACAGCGCUCGAUCUGGCCCGCCAGCUUAUGCCGACGAGCCGGCGCGUUCGCCAGCAGCUGGAGCAAACGCGCGACCUUAUCCUGCGCGGUCCGGACCAUCGGCGGGACACCAAAGAGAGCCAACCGUCGCGCGAACGCGACUUCCACCCGUUCUCACUGCGCGAGAUCAAAGAGAAGUUUUUCGAGCUGGACUCGUCCUUCGAGCGUGAUGGGCUCGCGUGCAGUGGUUAGCUGUCGACUUU